AUGGUGGGCACCCAGCAAAUUUUGAUUUUUAUGGCGUGGGGAAGGUUUAGAACAACCAGUCUGGAUCUUACAAACAAGGGGCUGCACGUUUCAAGCGAGUGCUUAGUGCAAUCAGAAAUUCCCCAGGAAAAACAUUUUGGGGGAUAUGGGGUUGAGGUUCGAGGGGUAGCUGUAUGUGCAGCUCUUAAGACGAUUGUGAAAUUGAAUCAUUUUGAAAUGGAGGAGAAGCUAUACAGUUAUGCGAUUUGUAAUAAGGCCUUUUCUGAGAGAGGUCAUCUUGUAUGUAAAAUUAGAGUACAUACAAAAAAGAAGUCCUUCAGUUGUGAAAUUUGUAACAAGGACUUCACAGAUAAAUCUAGUCUAGCAAAGCAUAUGAGAGUACAUAUAAAGGAGAAACCAUACGGGGACAAUAGAGUACAUUCAGACGGGAAUCCUUAUGAAUGUGAAAUUUGCAAUAAGGCUUUUUCUGCAAGCGGUAGCCUAGUAGCGCACAUUAGAGUACACACCAAGGAGAAGCCAUACAGUUGUGAAAUUUGUAACAAGGACUUCACAGAUAAAUCUAAUAUUAAAAAAAGGCCCUAG